CGCGCUACCGCCCCAGACGCGUCCCGGGUUAAAUCCCCGCCGGAUCCGCAGUUGGAGCCGUUGCCGUUCUCGCUCUCGCUCCGCCUCGGCGCGGGACCGGGAGGAUGAUGCGGCCGCACCGCGGUCUCGACCCGGGCUCCGUGUGGGCGCAGCGCCUGCGGCAGCUGGAGCAGCGGUUGCGCACCAAAGAAGAAAGAAUAGUUGUCCUGGAAACUGAAAAUGCUCUUCUUCAUCUAAAACUUGCAGAGUAUCAAGGGUUGGCUGGAAGAAGCACUAAUGAAGUAUUGCAGCUCUAUGCUGCUCAUGGCCAACAGAUGAAAUUGCAGAGGAGUUCUGCUGUAACCCAGCUGCAUGGAGCAAUAAAGAGGCUUAAGCAAGACCUGAAGAGCCUUCGUUCGUUUGCUCUUGAGCUUUCGAAAGAUUUUCAACGUCAAAGCAAGACUUGUCUUUACCAAGUUCUGGCAGCAGUCCAGGGGAUACAGCUGCAGAAUGAAGCAAUGCAAAUGUUUCAGAUAAAAGCUUUUGAUCUUGAGCAGUGUCUACAAGAGGUAACAGAGAGAUAUGAGAAAGAAAAGCAGAAAAGGAAGGCUCUACAUAACAACUUAAUUGAACUGAGAGGAAAUAUCAGAGUCCACUGCAGGAUUCGACCAUUGCUACCUUUUGAUGAUUCUGCUGGACAUUCAGUAUCACAAGACAGGCGAAGAAACUUUUCAGAAAAAGUGGCAUAUGCAGCUGAUGAUGAAACCGUCCUUGUCAAGUGUAGCCGUCCUGGUCAUGCCUCAGUAAACAAGACUUUCCAGUUUGAGAGAGUUUACAAUGAUUUGGAGUCUCAAGAUGCAGUAUUUGCAGAUGUGGCCCCUUUGCUAACAUCUCUCCUGGAUGGGUACAAUGUGUGUAUCAUGGCUUAUGGGCAAACUGGAAGUGGGAAGACAUACACAAUGUUGGGACCACAGUUUGAUGGGAAUUUAGCAUUCUCCAUAGAAGAAGAGUCAGAACUUGGAAUUAUCCCUCGAGCUACCCAAGAAGUGUUCAGGCUUAUUUCAGAAAAGCCACCAGGAAGUUACUGGGUUGAGGUUUCUGUUGUUGAAGUGUAUAAUAAUGAAAUUUUUGAUCUUCUGGCCAAAGACAGUUAUGGAAAAGUGUUUGGCAUCAAACGUGAUGUCGUCACAACCAGAGAAGGGAAGAGCGAUGUGCCAUUGCUGACGCACGAGACUGUUGAAAAUGCAUCUGAAUUUUUGCAUCUAGUCAACAAAGGCCUACAGCUGAGAGUCACACACCCAACACUGGUGCACGCUCACUCCUCUCGUUCUCAUCUGGUAGUGACACUGACCAUAACCACAGUUGUCUUUGGAGAUAACUUUGGUACUUCAUGGGAAGAUGAACAAACCAGUCAGAGACUAAAUAAAGAGGCGUCCUGCACCUUUCCACAAAAAAUGAGAGACAGUAAAUCCACCUCUUCUUCCAGAGCCUCUUCACCAGUGCAACUUGAAGCAACUGAGAAAAUGAAGCAAGUUAAAACCAGACUGCAGCUGGUGGACCUGGCUGGGAGUGAGUGUGUUGGUAUGUCUGGAGUGACAGGGGCAGCACUGAGAGAGACCUCCUUCAUUAACCGCAGCCUGUCUGCCCUGGCUGACGUUCUAGGGGCAAUAGCAGAGCAGCGAUCUCACGUACCCUAUCGGAACAGCAAACUUACACAUCUGCUUCAGGACUCUGUAGUGUCUGACCUGCAGAAGCACUUGCCAACAGAGACUGGACAAAGUUCACAAGAGUCACUCCAGUACUGCAGUACUACAGUAUCACGGGACACCUCGUGGGGAUGGCACAGGCCUCAGCCCAGAGGGACAACAACCCAAGUGUUGGGAAGGCACCAUGCAAUGCAACAGCCUCUGCCUGGGCUAUCUCCAGUGAAGACAAGGGGCCAUAAAGGGACAGCCCCCACUGAUGCUGCCUUAUGGAGAGAUGUGCCUUCCACUGCCCUCCCAGUGUCCAUUCAGAAGAAAGGCUGACUUCUGCUUCCUUACCAGAAUCCUGUUUACCUGCUAGAUUUGGCAUAAUACUUGCAACAGCGAGGGGCAGCAUGUGACUGUGAUGCCUGAACACAAGAAGCUGUACCUAUGCGUACAGCAGCAUUAGAUCUUUUGUUUGCCCAUGGGAACAAGCAGAGAGGACUUCUGAUGGACACACUGAUGUGGGCACCUCCUGGCUGGAAGAAAGUCACAACAGCCACUUUCAGGACAUGGGAUGCAAGCAAUAGACCUACAGCUUUCCAGCACAAGUGGGUCUAUGUUAAACCUUCAUAAAGACCUUAAUCCCAUAAACCCAGACACAUCAAAAUGCCACAACCUUUGCAGUCCCAGCUGCAUAUCAUGAGCUCAGCUCCUCUGGCAUGCAGACAAAAGGGAGAAUAAUUGGUGAGUAACAAAACUGUUAAAAUGUGUAGUUGCAUGGGGACAUGGAGCAGAGGACAAUAAGCAAGCUACCUGCACAGUCCUAGGAAGGGUCCUGAAGUACUGGUAAAGAAACCUUCCCUCGUCAAGUUACACAGCAGAAAAAUGCAAGACCUGGGGAAGCUGAGCACACAGGUAGUGCUCCUGAUCCUCACAUCACCAGGACUGCACCUAGUCCGGUUGUGGACCUUGUAUGAGCUUAGAAGCAGCUACAGGCCAUAUUUAGGCCAACAAAGCAGCUGCUCUCUCCACUCACAUUUCUCCAUCCACCUCCUCUUGCUGGAUGUAAGUACCCAUGCUCGCUUCUGUCUCUCCUGAAGUGAGCCCUGUACUUCCAUGCCGUGGUGAGGUGGUCCUUCUGCAGAACAUCCCUGCCAAGCCAGGGAAGGGGCAGUGCCACUGAGGACAUCUCUGCCUGUUUGCAGCAAGUCUGGUGCUGCACAAGGCAGGAACAACUGCCUUUGCCCAGGACAUCUUUUUGGAGAGAUCAGCCAAGCACAGAGGAUCCCAAAACCCCCAAAUGGUCUGGGAAAACCAGGAAAGGUUACACACUACAAGACUAGGCAUGGACAGCACACAGGAGUCCUGCAGCCAGGUGUGCUCUGGGCCACACACAUCACAGUUACAGGGUGGUGUGGUGAUGGGAAGCUUGAAGGCAAGGCAACCUCACCACAGACACAAGAAAGCAAAAGUAUCCAGCCUCAAAAAAGGCCGGGGACUUUUGUGUACCAUCUACUUCCCAAAAGGAGUGGAAAGGGAAAAACGGAAACGAGCAGAGAGUCCUGAGGGAAUUCUGAUAAGAGUAAUGGCAGGCACGCGAUACUGGAGAUGCCAUGACACUGACUCAUACAAAUGUUGACACACUGAAGUCCUGAAAACAACCCUGGCAGAUCAGAUUUCAUUGGCACUUAGCACCGGGCAGCUGAGGUCCCAUCCUUAUUGCUGAGAAUCCUGGCCAGAGUCUCAGCUUAGGCACCUGCUUUUGACAGGGCAGAUCUGAGAGUCCCCUGAAGAAGGGUGCCAGUGUCUCCCACCCACUCUCACCAAGCAGCACUACCACCAGGUCAGUUCUUGCAGCUGUCCCACUGCUACAUCCUGCUGUCCCCUUCACCCAGCUGCUCAGACUCCAGACAGGGCUGGAUGUGUGGCCCACAUCCAGACAGGGCUGCUCACAGUUUGGACUCAGUGAUCACAGCACACGUGCCCUGGGAGAGGACAGUGUUGGACAAUUGACAUCUGUGAGGCCAAGGUCCUCUGCAGCUCAAAAGACCAGGACUGCAGACCUGUUCUCCCGAGAGAAUCCCAAGCUCCAGGCAACAUGAGAGCCAGAGAUGUGAUAAAAUAAGGACAAUCAGGAGUAAAAUAAGCCCUGGCCUAAUGAUGCAGUGAGCACAGAAGACUUGCCAAUAUCCUGCCAAGUUACUGCUGCCCUCACCCAUGUCACUACUGCCUGUAGUCUUUACAAGUUAUUCCCUACAACAGUACAUCCCAGGAAAGAGUCAUCAGUUUCACCAUUAGGACACACCAGAUAGGAGGAAGGUAGAAAUUCUGCAGGACACAUCCCAGCAACUGACACAGCUCUUAGACUAAACAACGUUUGGAAAGACUAGGAAGCAAACACACCCUACCUCGUUACUCCAGCAAGGCUGUCCUUACUUCUCUCCUAGUCAGCUCAUACACAGGACCAUGACACUGAAGCCUUCUGGUCACUUCUCCCAGAGCUUCUGCUGAGCCCUUACUUGGCUCUUCAUCUCAGAAAGACAGCUCAUUUCCUGUGCUUUGAUUGCCUUCCUCUGGAGCACCCUCCUGCUGGACCUGCUACCAGCUGCAGCAAGUUAAACACCUGAGCCACUAGGAGCACUCCUGCUGUCAGGCAGCGGAGAGUGGCUUAGAGACACCAGAAACCACUAAUGUUUCUCCACGCCUGGGAUGUCACCACUUCACUGUCUCUGCUGUCACUAUGCCUUGUGAGUAUCUCUGUUUUAACCAUUCAUCCUGAAAUGAGAAAAAAUUCUACUUGGAGCUUUGUGGGCACCUUCUUGGAGUUAGAAAGGCAGCUCUGAGCUAAGGACAGCCUCAAUGUAGCAGGGCCAGAGUGGUGGCAGUCACAGCAGCUUUGAGGAGUCUUUAAAGUUUGUCAACCUUAAAGAUACUGGGUUGUCCAAAAGCUCAGCUGAUGCUCUGGCAGUGUCCUUGGGGAAAAGAAGUCUGUAAGAGCUCUUAUCUACAUCUAUUUAUCCUGAAAACAGGAUAAAAUUGACAUUACGGCUGUUGAGCUCUCCCUAAGUUUGCCUAAGCUGCCCUAUGUUUUUUCAGUAGUAAUGCUGAAAAUUUUGGAGCUCAAAUGGGUUUGUGCUGAAGCAGAUUGGAAAGCAAUGGUUUGUACCCUCUCUAUUAUUUGCAGAGCACAUGCUAAGCAAAGUCAUAUCCAGCUGCUCCCACAGUAAACCCUGCUGCUCAUCCCACUGCAGGAUGUGGCUAUAGCUGAAUGCCAGUGCUGCCAGCCAGGCUGGGCUGGGACAGGCUGGGAGUGUGGACCACUCCCCUGGAGUGGUUGCGCUCCCAGCCUCAAGGUAUUGUGUAAGUGUGGAUUGGAUCUAGAUGUUCCAAAGCACACCUGUACUUGAGGCUCUCUAUUGCCCUUCUGGCAUGGGCCCCUUAAGCACUCCUAUUUCCAAAUUCUCCCUUCAGCCAGGUAUGCCAGGAAGCAUUCAUUGUUUUCUGUCCAUCAUCUCCUUGCUUUCUCCAGCUCAUCCCCGCUGACCAAAGGCAUUCUUUCUGACACUAGACUCACUGUCUCCUGUGCUCCACUCCUGCUGAAGCCCUGCACCAGUCAGGGCUACCACAGAGUGUGCCAUGACAGGAGGGUGUUGUGCAAGAGACACCUGUGCACUGUCUCUAAGCUGUGGGCUCAGCCACUCUGCCAGCUGCUCUGCCAGCUGCUCCUGCUCCAAAUUGGCUAAAAGCAAGGGCAGAAGGGCCCUGCUGUGAACAGACAGCAGCCCAGCCCUGAUAUUCAGCUACCCAAGGGGGCCAUGGAGCUGGAGUUGGAUGGUAAGCAAGUGAUUGCAGGGGCACUCAGAUGUCAUUAAAAAUUCAGUAUAGAAUUAAAAAUUCAGUACAUCUGAUUUCCUGGCUGCACCUAAGGGAGAUGCUCAGUGGUGCUGCUCUGACACAGCAGAGGUUCUGCAGAAAGGAAGCUCACUCCAAGUCGGAGAGAAAAGCAACCUCACUGAGCAGUAUUUGGGGUUCCCUCACAUCCGUCCUGUCUCCAGCCAUGGCCUCUGCAUGACACAGAAGGCGCAGAGCUGGCUCAGCACACACACAGCUCCAUGCUGUCCCAGCUACAGCACCUCAGGGUGCAGCUGCCAGCACUCCUGGGACUUCUUUUCCCAUUAAAUUGGUCUGUCUUUCUUAAAACAACUUCUAAGAGGGAAGGAAGAUUCUGAACUUGUAUCAGCGUUUCACAGCUAAAUUAUCCCGUGCCAAGGGUCACCAUUGGCUAAAGGGCAUCAGUUUUCUCCCCAGUGCAGUUUGUGGGUACACAUCCCUCCCUGCAGGAGCAGGUUCCCGAAACAUGGAACCACUCCAUACGCUUUUUGUGCGGCAUUCAGCGAGGACCCGACGGCCACCGCUGGCUUUGGGCUCAGCUCACUCAAGCACCCAGGGCUGCCCCGUCCCAGGGGAGACGGUCAGCCCGGACCCCGCAGGGUGCUGGCAGAGGCUGCCCGAGGUGAACCGGCACCACUUGGCCAGCGAGCUGCCGGCCCCGG